CUAGCAGCGGACCGGGUGUGGCCUUGCGAACCUUCUUGAUCUUGUACUUCUAGUUCUCUCGCAAUUCUUACCUCUGUUUUAAUCAAAUACAAGCCAGCCAGAUAACAUGUCUACCACCUGCAGGAGGCGGCUUAUCCGUGACUUCAAACGACUCUCUAGUGACCCGCCAAGCGGCAUUUCUGGAAGUCCAUGUCCGGAUAACAUCAUGAUCUGGAACGCUGUAAUAUUUGGGCCUUCUGAUACACCCUUUGAGGACGGCACAUUCAAACUUCUGCUCACGUUUGAUGAAUCUUACCCCAACAAGCCGCCUACAGUGAAAUUUCUUUCCAGAAUGUUCCAUCCAAAUGUAUAUAACAAUGGCGAGCUCUGUCUGGACAUUCUACAAAACCGCUGGUCUCCCACAUAUGAUGUCGCCGCCAUCCUUACUUCCAUCCAGAGUCUCCUGCACGAUCCUAAUCCGAACAGCCCAGCAAAUGCAGAAGCUGCGCAAUUGUACCGAGACAACAUGAAGGAGUACGUGAGAAGGGUGAAAGCCACAGUGGAAGAUAGCUGGUUAGAUCCAGAAGAGAAGCAGAAGAUGAUAGUCGAUGGCGACGGGGAAGGUAGUAUAGAGUCUACUGCCUGACAUAUCCUUUCGUUUGGUUUAUAUUCUCACGGACAACUUCUGCAAUCUCUGUUGUUUUGUUUCGGUUUACCAGAUUUAAUUUAAUGAGUGGUUUCCCUGGCUUUGAACAAUACUCAUCUAUGCAUUAAUCGUGCAAUACUU